GCUUCGUGUUGCUACAUCACCGGUCUUUUGAAGCUCUUGGAGCAGCUGUGAAGCAUGCUGAACACUGGGAAGUCCCUGACAGCCGGGAGAGAGAGAGAGAGGGUCUCCGGGUAGGAACUACAACUAGGUUACAAUGAGGGAUGCUAUUUAUUUCUUCGCCUCAAUUCCUCCCUGGAUUUAAAGAGCCAGUUGAUGUUAUUCCACUUAGCAUUGUAGCCUGACCGAGUGUAGGCUCCAAGGCGAGAACAAGCUAGUGUGGUACCAAGCUAGCUCUUUGUGUGGCUAGCUGCUAAGAUGUGUUGUUGUUGUUGUUGUUGAGCCAAGCAGCCUUUUCAUCGUCGGGGAGAGGAAAUAAUCAGUGGAAUUCAGUAGUAUUACACAGGAGAGAAGAGGGGAAGAUCUUUUGCAGAAGAGGAAGGAGGGAAAUGGGCAACUGUCUGAAGUCGCCGACUACGGACGACAUUUCUCUGCUCCAUGACUCUCAGUCUGAUCGUGCCAGCUACGGAGACCUAGACCAGGAGCCGCCGCCCCCUUAUGAGGCGCAGAUACAUAUUCCUAUCUACCACCCUACACCCAGUCAGGCCCGUCUUGCCACCCAGCUGACAGAAGAGGAGCAGGUGCGUAUCGCCCAGCGUAUCGGGCUGAUCCAACACCUUCCGAAAGGUGUUUACAACCCAGGACAGGACGGCACUAAGAAAAAGAUCAGAGAGUGCGUCAUCUGUAUGAUGGACUUUGUGUAUGGGGACCCUAUCCGGUUCCUGCCCUGCAUGCAUAUCUAUCACAUGGACUGUAUAGAUGACUGGUUGAUGAGAUCCUUCACCUGCCCGUCAUGCAUGGAGCCUGUGGACGCUGCACUACUUUCCUCCUACGAGACCAACUGACAAACAAGUGCCCACUGUUAUCCACACAUGCAAACACACACAAAGACACUAGUGUAACUUCCGGAAUUAAUAACAGCAGUCAAGUGUUGGAGGAAUCGUUCAAGAAUAGUGGCCCUGCCGGUCAGGAUUGCGUCUGGGAAAACAUUUGUAACAGGAAGGCAAAGUUAGGAGCAAAAGGACUGUGAUGUCACACAAGACAAUGUCUGUCCACUAUAAUCUCGUCUUUGGAAAUACUGGCUCUGAGCUGCACAUAUCUAAUGACAAAAGGACAGCUGCAGUAUGCAGAGAUCCCCAAUGUGAAAUGUCCAAUUGAUAGUUCUAUAUUUAUUUUAAAUUCAGCAUAAUAGCUGUUUGGUCUCCCACCCCACCUGCAUGGAAAAAAGCUCACCUCAAAAUUCUCCCAGUUUACUCUGAAAGCACAAAUGUUUAUCCCAGCUUCUAUGUGUCCCUUACACAUAUGAAUAUAUGCAGUGAUGAAGACUACAAUAUUUGAAGUGUGUCGGAUGAAAGCCCUGUUUUUAAUUUUUUGCACAAUACUAAUAAUAAUAAUCAACUGUAUUAUUCAUUGUUGGCGACAGUUGAACGUUAUGGCCUUAGUUACAUGUCAGUACAGGUUGUUCUGAGCUGCUAAGGCGCUAUCGCACCAACGCCUGCAAUUAAUCACAAAGAAAUAUUGCAUUAAUCAUUAAUAAACACGGAUUGAUUGCGCAAUUUGUUUUGCUGGUUACCUGAAAGGCGGCACAGCUUUCUAUACAGGAUUUUAGAUAAUACUGUUAACAAGUUUUGAGCCAAUCUUAAUUUAAUCAUCAUUUCAUUCACGUAAAGCAUUUUGAGAAAUUUCUGUGUAUGACAUUUUGACAAAAAUAUUGAAUUUGUGUCAAAAUAUUAGUCUUUUUUUCAAAUUAAUUGGAAUUAGGCGAGCAAGUAUUUUAUUGCAAAUAAUUUUGAUUAAUUGAAAUUUAAACAUGCUGGUAUAUAUGGUCAUGACAUAAUCAUCUUAUAUAAACCAGGAAGUUGCCAGGUAACUAGCAAACACAAAUUGGACGUUUCUUUGGCCUUGGUUGAGGUCCAUGCUCUACGAGACUACUUUGCACAGUCAUGUAUGUGUUUGCAAUCUUCUUCUAGAAUAGAUUGACACUUGGAGCUCAUUUGAACUUUAUUUGAGCUACAUUGCAGCUGAUAGUGGUGCUCUUUCUAUUUAUUGCCAUAAAAAUGACUCAUGGGCGCAAAGACACAGCUGCACAUGAACUUGCCUAACGUCUAGUACGUCUACCCGUUUAUUUGAAAUGGCAGAGUUAACAAGUAGAAUGUUCGGUGUGUUUGUUUGUGUAAGGAUCCUUGUUAGAUAUUCCCUACUUGCAAUAUGCUGAGUGUGUUAUUAUAAUAAACACUGCAACUGAACAACUAUUGCGGUAUAUUUUCACUUCCAUUUUAUUGUCGAUAUUGAAGAAAAGAUUGUAAAUCAUGGGCAAUUGAGUCUGUGACUCAUAAAUCACCAUGACUUGAUAUUGUGUCCUUAGCCGCAGCUUCAUGCACAAACUUGUGCAGUCUGACAGUGUCGUACUGUAUUACUAUUUAUAUUGGGAAACUUCAAAUAGAUCGCUUGAAACAACCCUCUAAUUGAGGAGCAUCACAUUUCAUAAAGCUCUGUGUGGUUAUGUAUUAUUACUAAGUGUAUAGUAUAAACGCAAAGCUCCCAUUUUUCAUUAGUUGAACUCAAAGAUCUAAAACUUUUACUAUAUACCGUACACAAAAUACCUAAUCCUCUCAAAUAAUGUUCACAAAUGUUUGUAUAUCUGUGUUAAUAAGCACUUAUUAUUUGCCAAGAUCAGGCCUGGGCAAUUAUUUUGCCUCGGGGGGCCACAUUUAGAGAACAAAAUGUGUCUGGGGUCCAGUAUAUCUAUUUUUAGGAACACUAAUACAAAACCUCACAAUAAUGUCUGAAUAAAUACUAAAAACGUUAUGACAGACCGCAUUAAAAAACAGAAUGGAAUUAAAAAAUGUUUUACUGAAUGAGACACCCAGAAUGUACAUGAAAAAAAAUAGAUUGGGUUUUAUAAUAUUAACAAUGAACGAUAAAACACUGAAUAUUGACAACAAAUGAACGAAAGUUUAAAAAAUAAACCCACCUAUAAUCUGAUAUAUCACUAAGCUUUAGAACUUUGUUGUAAAAAUCUACUUCUGCGUCUGUCUCUGACACCCAGGCUGGCCACUCUGGAAACACUCUGUGGAAACGCUCCCCACCCAAACUGCUUGGUGCCUCGUAUGACUUAGAUUACCAUAGUAACUAGUACAUAAUGCAAAAGCGCAGAUUCCAACCAUUGAAAUACUUUGUAUAGUUCAAGACUUACGGUCAUUUGAAAACAUCAUAAUGGCAGCUACAGUUUCCAUCUUAAAGAUGUAAAAACAUUUUUUGGAAAUGUCCGGCGGGCCAGAUUGAAAAGCUUAACGGGCUGCAUGCUGCUUCGGGCCUUAAUUUGCCCAGGUCUGGCCAAGAUAAUCCAUCCCACCUCACAGGUGUGGCAUAUCAAGAUGCUGAUUAAACAGCAUGAUUAUUGCCAUAUAUGGCAAGGUUGAAAAGCCAUCCCUGAAACCAUCUCCCACAUACAACACUGUCCUUUCAAGCAUUCAUAAAAGACUCUGCAAUUUGGCCUCCAACAAAUAACAGGAGUUAAAAACAUUCUGGUCACAGAAGAUGACCAGAAUGCUAUUUGUGCAAUUUGUUUACAACUGAAUGGAAUGCUAAUAAUGUAGGGAAUUCCGACCAUUUUGGACUGGUAGUAGUCGAUCCACAGCGAUCGUUCUGCCAGACAAUACCUCACUGCUAACGAGGGGAAAUUACACUUCAACGACUGUCGUUAGUUUUGACAGUUAGGAUUGCUCGGGCACUGAGAAAAGUAGCCCAGAAAUAAAAGUGUGAUUACAAUAUGGGCCUGAUCUUCCAAAGGUUUGCAUGUACUAAAACAGGUGCAAAGUUGAUAGCACAGGCAAAGCUGCUCUACUAGAUUGUGCAUGGAGGAUGCAUCUCUUGAAUGAGCAGAAUAAUGCCUGGAACAUACUCUCACGUCACGUAGCUUGCGUCCCGCCCCGCCGACGUCUUGUUUGAUUUAUAGUUCUUCCGUGGUGGGCGGCGUCAGACUUGUAAUUGUCGUCCAAAACACUAAGGGGCAGUGUCUCCAGAAGGAACAACUGCAGCUGUAUUUCCUUCCUGUGAAGUGACGACAUCGAGCAUCUGUGUCAACACUGGAACUAAUAAUUCACAAUCAUCGGAAUACUUUUAAUGGACGUUUUAAAAUAAAACUGUUAACUAUUUAUAGUAAACGACAUGCUGGUGUUUAUUUGUAUGGUCAUGUUCAGAGUGCACAAAUGUUUGUAAAUAUACCGUGGCUGAAAGAUUGUUGACGGAGAAUGAGACGUGUGUGCAUACCAGAGAAUAUGUGUCGGAAUUAAACCUUUUGUUAGCACAAGAUUGACAAUAAAAGUUGAAAAGAGUGUCGUACUUUGUUACAUUUUUCUGGACGCAACAACAACACAAUAAGUUGAAAAACAACACAUUCAGUAGUUAUUUUACAGUGCAUCGAGAUUAAGUACACAAUAUCAGUUGUCAUGCAAUUGUUUAAUCAUUGUUGUUCAAUUUUAACAAUAUUUUGUGCAUUUCCAGCACAAAAUGCGCCUGUCUUCAGGAACCCUCCUUGGCAAAAACUGACCAAUCACAGCUCUGUGUCGCCGGCGACGCGAACCUAGGAUUUUGGGAGGUGCGGGAGACUAUGCAGGGGGACGAGGAACGACGGCGUUGCUUACGCAAGC